CCUUCUUUCAAGAAAUCAUUCAAAGAGAAGAUAGAAACCAUGGAAGCAACUCAUCCUCUUUCAAUUGAAAGUUUUUCAUAUAGUUGCUUAGUGAACCUCAAACCAUCACUAGAUCAAAGGCUUGAUAGUUUUUCUUCCUUUAGAAUUUCUAUUGAUGCUUCUGAUGAAUUAUCUUCUUCUUUCAUUGAAAUGGAUCCAAGAAUGCCAUCUUCUAGAAGAUUCUUCAUAAACUCACAAGAUUUCAAAUUUGAUUUCCCAACUUCACAACAAUCUUCUCUCACUACUCUUGUUGAUGCGGAUCAAUUAUUUUCCAAUGGUUAUUUAAUGCCACUUUUUGAUGAAUCAUUGAAAAAUAUUGAACCAUAUGAAUAUGAUACAUCAAAUUCAACCUUACCUUCUUCUUCUUCCAUAUCACAUGUACCAAAAAAAGUGGUUCCUAUAGAAAAUUCAAGAAGCCCUUCAUUGAAAAGGUGUAGAACAUUAUCAAAGAGAAUGAUUCAAAAAUACUUGAAUUUCUUAAAACCAUUGUGUAGAAAAUUGAGGAGUCAAAAAUCAGGAUCAUCAAAGCAUGAAAAUGGUAUGAAAAGAACUCAAUCAGUGAAGAAUGUUAGAGGAAGUUACUGUGAAUCAUCUCCAAGAAUUAGUGUUGCUUAUUCCACUGACGAUUGGCGCAUGUCUUGUGAUUCAGAUAGUUCAAUCUAUGACGCUGUUCUUCAUUGCAAACGAUCUUUUGAAAGAAUGAGUUAAGGAUGCUGAAGUGCAAAUCAGUAUGUUGAAAAGGAUUGCAACAUGAGUUAGAACCAUUGAACAGAAUUGGAUGUAGAUUUUUUAGCAGAUAUUGUGUAAUUAAGGUCUGAUGUAAAAAAACUGUUCUAAACUGUUCUUUUAAGAUUUUGACAGCAUGUGUACACCACACA